AUGGUUAAGACUACUUACGCCCUUACACUCUUUGCGGCCGUCAGCUUGGCGGCCCCCGUUGCGCAGCUUACUGGGCGUGCCGAGGCGCAGGGUUCGGUUGAGCAGAAGAAUAUCAUUGGGGAUAUUCCUCUUCUUGGACCUAUGCUCGCAGGGAAGCAGGAUGCCAAGCGCGAUGAGCACCAUAACCUGAUCGACGAGCUUCCGGUUAUUGGUAAGCUUCUUGGCAACGACAAGCAGAACCAGCGCCGAGAUAUCGGGAAAGAUGGUAUUAGUGGCUUGCCAAUCAUCGGAGGGCUGUUCGGAAAGCACACGCACACUGGCGGCGAGAAUGGCAUGAACAAGCGCCGAAGCGUCGAUCAGAACUAUGGCCAGAAUGCCGGUCAAAAUGAGGGCGAGAACGCGGGCCAGAACGCAGGUCAAAACUCAGGUCAGAACGCGGGUCAGAAUGCUGGCCAAAACCACGAUCAAAACAAAGGCCAGAACGGAGGUCAAAAUGCCGGCCAGAAUGGAGGAAAAGGCUUGGAGGACGAACUGGAAAGCAGCCUCCGGGGUAUUCCCAUCGUCGGAGAUCUCCUUACGAAUGACCAGGAUAAACAGAAGAGCGGAACGCCUGCCAAGCAGCUCGAUACCCGUCAGGCGGGCCAUUCCAAGGGGAUCUUCGGUGUCCUGCAGUCUUUGACUAGCAGUGGUCCCGUUACCCAGAACCACAAGCGCGCCGAAGAGUUGGAGCAACUGGAUUCCGCUGCGCCGAAUGCGAACGAGGCUAAGCAGGGUGCCAAGAAGACAGCCGCAGAACAGGCAGCAAAGCCGAGCGAGAGCUCCGGCGGCCUCCUCGGCGGAUUAAUGGGCAAGGAUGGCCUCGGUGCUCUCAAGGGCAACGCUCAUCACGGCCUUGGCCUUUUGCCCAUGCGUCGUGACCAAGCUCCCAUCGAGGGCUCUACCCUUGCUGGUGUUCUCCUCGAGGGCGGUGCUUUGGGAAAAGUCACCAAUUUCCUUUCCGGAGGUGCUAUGCCCAAGCCUGGUUCCAGCUCCCCUUCUAAGAUCGGUGAUGGUUCUGUUGCGGGUCCUCCUGACCCUGCGUCUGGUGCUGGUCCUCACUCUGGCCCUGGUCUUGCUGGUGAGCAGAAGCAGGCCUCUGGUGCUGCUUUCUGA